AUGGCGACAGUCAUCCAAACAACCACGACCACCACCGAGGUUCCCGGCUCCAAGAGGCACUUCUGGGACCGCGAGCCGUUGCUAUCGCUGCGGCGAGUGCUGUGGAUCGUGCUGGGCGGGUGGAUGUUCUUCCUCGUCUUCUUCUUCGUGGGCGUGGCCUUUGCCAUAUCCAUUGUAGGCAUGCCCAUGGCCUACGAGUUCUUCAAGUUCGCUCGCUUCCUCCUUCUGCCCGUCGGCUAUCGCGCCAUCUCCCGCAGCGGGAAGUCGAAGAACCCGCUGAGGCGACCGAGGGACACGGCCUGCGUGGUGGCCAACGUGCUGUGGCUCAUCUUCUUCGGCUGGUGGCUCGCUCUGAUGCUGGUCGUGCUCAUGGUCAUCCAGGCUGUGACCAUCAUCGGCCUGCCGCUCGUGGUCGAGUUCCCCAAGCUCAUGAAGUUCAUCAUGUGGCCCUUCGGCAAGAAGAUCAUCAGCAAGAAGUCCUACCGCGCUGGUGUGGCGGCGGGCGCUGCGCAGACCGCCACUGUUGUGCCUGGCACCACCGUUGUCACCAGCGUCUAG